GUGCAUCUUCCUUCUGAAGAGAGACUGUCACUCGGGUGGAAGAUGGCGAACGUAGUGCUCGAGUUCAAGGCUUCUGCCGGGGACUCAGAGCCGCAGAACCGCCCGGUCCUCAUCGUCGGCCAGCUCGCCAAUCUGCAACAGAUCAACUGGACCCAGGUGAAAGGGAAACUGCAGCCAGUGGUCACAAAAGAGAUAUGGCAGGCAGCUUUGUCUUCUCUCAACCCCAACCCUACGGAUAGUUGCCCACUGUAUUUGAGUCAUGCAGCUGUGGCAGCCCUUCCUUCACGAGUCAGCCGUCACAACAGCCCAUCAUCUGCCCACUUCCUCACCCGUCUGGUCCGAACCUGCCUGCCUGCUGGCAACAACCGCUGCAUUGUGAUGGUGUGCGAGCGUUCUGAUGUGUUCGCAUCUGCGUGUGCCAUUGCCCGAGCUUUCCCGCUGUUCACCCGCCGUUCAGUGUCUUCUCGCAGGACAGAGAAGAAGCACGUCACUGUGGAGUUUGUUUCUGUGGGUCAGGACAACGGCCCUCUGGAGGUCUCUACGCUGGAGUGUCUUGCCAAUGCAGCGGAUGGAGUUCGUCUGGCUGCUCGAAUCGUGGACACUCCAUGCAGCGAGAUGAAUACUGAUGACUUCCUGGAGGAAAUCAAGGCAGUGGGGAAUAGCUUAGGCAUCACUCCAACUAUAAUUAGAGGAGAAGAACUGAAACAAAAGGGCUUUGGAGGCAUCUACGGAGUUGGUAAAGCUGCCCAGCACCCUCCUGCGUUGGCUGUUCUUAGCCACACCCCCUCAGGUGCCACACAGACCAUUGCCUGGGUGGGCAAGGGCAUUGUCUAUGACACCGGUGGUCUCAGCAUCAAGGGCAAAACCACAAUGCCAGGAAUGAAAAGAGACUGUGGAGGAGCCGCGGCCAUUUUAGGAGCUUUUAAAGCUACUGUUAAACAGGGCUUUAAGGACAACCUUCAUGCGGUCUUCUGCCUGGCUGAGAACUCAGUGGGACCUACAGCCACUCGACCAGAUGAUAUACACACUCUGUACUCUGGAAAGACAGUGGAGAUAAACAACACAGAUGCUGAAGGGAGGCUGGUGCUCUCUGAUGGUGUUGUAUAUGCAAGCAAAGAUCUCUCUGCGGACAUCAUACUGGACAUGGCAACGCUGACCGGCGCUCAGGGAAUCUCCACAGGGAAGUAUCACGCUGCUGUGAUGACCAACAAUGAGCAGUGGGAGGCCGCUUGUGUGAGAGCGGGCCGCAGCAGCGGAGACCUGGCGCAUCCUCUGGUCUACUGCCCCGAGCUUCACUUCAGUGAAUUCACCUCAGCUGUGGCCGACAUGAAGAACUCUGUGGCGGACCGUGAGAAUGCGCAGAGCUCCUGUGCUGGCCUCUUCAUUGGCUCUCAUCUGGGUUUUGAUUGGCCAGGCAUUUGGGUACAUGUGGACAUCGCUUCACCUGUCCAUGCUGGGGAGCGAGCCACUGGUUUCGGUGUGGCCAUGCUCUUGGCUCUGUUCGGCCAGGCAUCUGAGGACCCCUUGCUCAACUCUGUGUCCCCAUUGGGGGCCUCCACAGUCAAAUCUGCCUCCGAAGACCAGAUGGAGAGGGAUUGCAAGAGGAGGAGACUCGUCUAAGAUGAAUUCAAACGGUUCUUAAUCUUCAAAACAAAAUAUCUACGCCUUGUACAUGUUGUUUCACAAAAGUUGCAUCUAUUAGACACACACACACACCUCCUUGCUCUAUCCCAUCCUGUACUGACCACCGCAGAUAACCUUCCUCAGUGAAGUUGACAGUAUAUACAGUUAUGAAUUUAAAUAAAAGUGCAAUGUUGUCUCAA